AUGCAGGGACGGAGCGAGGAGUCCGAGGUGCAGGAGGCGGGGGGGGGGAGGAGGAGAGCACGUGGGCCUGGCAGGAUCAGGCCCCGAGUCCAGCCAGAGGCUGCAGGGAACCCCCAAUCGGGCAGGAAGGGGAAGGGGCGCAGCUGAGGGGCAGGGCAUCUGCAGGAGGGCACAGGGGCAAACAUCUCUGGCUCAGGCUGGCACGGACCCUGCCGGAGACCCUGGGGAGCUGCUCCCUUCAGUCCUGAGCUCAAGGGGCAGAAUGAGGGGUCGAAGGCAGCUGCUGCUUCCCGAUGGACGAUGCAUAUAGUUGCUCACGGAUCAGCGGCGUACCUGGGGCUUUUGCCGCCCCUCUCCCUGUCCCUCAGCAGGGAGCCCCGUCCUCUUCCACGGUCCUCCCCACGGGGGAGAGGGAAGGGGAGGCAGGGGGGAAAUGGAAGAGCAGUGCAACAGGGAGGUGUCCUUCUCACUCUCCAGCCCCCUGACACCCUUUGCAGGCCACUACUCCUGCCCCCCUUCCUCUGCCAGUGCCAUUGAUGAACCUAUCACCCUCCUUCAUGAAUUGGUCGCCUUCUAAAGCACUCUUAGCCGCCGCCACCAUCACCGCAUCUUGUGGCAAUGAUGUCCAUCCGAUUCAUUUAGCAAGGAAAUGGCUUCUUUUGCCUGCCCAAAUCGAGGUACACUGUGCCUACACAUGGAGGUUCUGUUGAUCUGGCACGGCAAUUAAAACAGCUAAUAGAUUCAUUUAGCAAGGAAAUGGCUUCUUUUGCCUGCCCAAAUCGAGGUACACUGUGCCUACACAUGGAGGUUCUGUUGAUCUGGCACGGCAAUUAAAACAGCUAAUAGAUCUAUACUCCAGAGAAUGCAUCUGAUCUUGUCCCAAGCUGUCAAAGUUAGUGACCUCUUGUGUCUGCGUGUAAAUAAGUGAGACAGGCUUAAGCCUGGUUUCAUUAAUUGUUUUAUUUCCACCUUCCUCAGUAAGGCAAAUGAAGGCUGAGUGUUGAAGUGAGUGCCAGAUUUGAGAAGGCAGAGGAAAGGAGGAUUCUAUGUUCAGAUUAUUCAUGUUCAGAUUAUUACUCAUUUCAUUUCUAUGCUGCUUCAUAUUUUUAAGGGAAAAAAUCUCAAAGCAAUUAAUGGAAAAUCUCAUUGCAGUUUGUGUCCAUAGGAUGUUGAGAACAUUAACUCUGUAGAUCCAGUUCUUUCCUCCUGAUAGUCUCAGAUUUGAUUGUUCUUUCCUAUAGAGCAGGAGGAACGAAACAUUUAUGGGCUUAAAGCUGCAUUGAUUCUGGAGGCCACAUUCCAGUGAGCUUUGUGGCCAAUGUAUGCACAUGCAUGCGCACACAGAAAAGAGAUGCAGACCAUAAAGUCACAUGCAUACACGCCAGAGGUGCUGCACACACUCACCAGACAUGCCAUCUAGCAUACAUACAAGCCUUGCAAACACAAUCAGCAUGUUUAGACCUUCCAACCCCAGUGCUGGGAGGAGGAGAAAUAAGAGCACAAGAAGACCCUGCUGAAUUAGCAAGGAGAUCUGUGGGGAAAAGACCCUUCAGAUUGUUCUUUAGAAAUCCUUUUUAAAGAGCAGCCAGAGGGAUCAUUUAUUUCCAGAGCAGGGCUUUUACCCCAUUUCAGCACUGUGCUGCUUUGUGGUGAAAUUGGAGUUUAAAAAAUCUCUCCAAGGGCCCCUUAGGCAUCUUUCACUCCAGGACAGACAGAGAUCUUCAUCCUAUGAUCAGAUCAGGAGAUGGAAACGGCAGGGAUUAGCAGGACACACCCUGAGGCUUGGCAAGCCAUAUGCAGCCAAUGGACUGCAAGUUAGAGUGUCUUCAGUCAGGACAGUUCUCAACACCCCUAACAAACUGCAGCUGGCAGGAUUUCUUGGGUGAAGCCAUGUACUUUCAAUGUUAGGUGGGUCUGUCGCAGCCUUAAUCAUAUACAAAGAUCUGUUGCUGCCUUUCCAACGUGCUAGAAGUUGCAGCCAGGAUCAGCAUUCCCUGUCCACGGAACAUGCUCAGUCCUCUCACUGGGUUGUUUUUGGAUUUCCCUCCCACUGCCUUGGCCCCCCCCCCCCCAAAAAAAUAUUAUUUGUACUUCCAUAAACCGUUUCCCCCAGUCUUUGGAUAACUUCCCCUCGUCCUUGGGUGGAGUUCUUUGGGUGACAUAAAGAUUGUCAUUCACAUCCUGAACAUUAGAAAUAGAAAGAGUAAUAAUAUAUUUCAAAAACUGGCAAAUGGUUAAAAAAUGUGCUUUUGUUUUUAUUCUUGGGUUUUAUUUUACUUUGUGUUUACUUCUUUUCCAGCAGGGUGGCAUAAAAAUGGAUCUUUUCCCAGGCUAUCAAAGUUAGUGACCUCUUGUGUCUGCGUGUAAAUAAGUGACACAGGCUUAAGCCUGUUUCAUUAAAGGUUUUAUUUCCAACUUAGUAAGGCAGCAGAGUUUUGAGAUGAAGGCUGAGGGUUGAAGUGGGUUACAGUUUUGAGAAUGCAGAGGAAAGGAGGAUUCUUAAGAAGUGUGGCAUAUGGAAAUGAAUUAAUGAUAAUAAAUACGUUGAAGACAGUAUUGUAAAAGACUGAGGAAGGCAAAAUUGAAAUUAGCUAUUCAUGUUCAGAUUAUUACUCAUUUCAUUUAUAUACUGCUUCAUAUUUUUAAGGGGAAAAAUCUCAAAGCAAUUAAAGGGAAAUCUCAUUGCAGUUUGUGUCCAUAGGAUGUUGAGAACAUUAACUCUGUAGAUCCAGGAGUUCUCUCCUCCUGGUAGUCUCAGAUUUGAUUGUUCUUUAUGAUAGAGCAGGAGGAACAUUUAUGGGCUUAAAGAUGCAUUGAUUCUGGAGGCCACAUUCCAGUGAGCUUUGUGGCCAAUGUAUGCACAUGCAUGCGCACCCAUAAAAGAGAUGCAGACUAUAAAGUCACAUCCACACACGCCAGAGGUGCUGCCCACACUCACCAGACAUGCCAUCUAGCAUACAUGCAAGUCUUGCAAACACAAUCAGCAUGUUUAGACCUUCCAACCCCAGUGCUGGGGUGGAGGAGAAAUAAGAGCACAAGAAGACCCUGCUGAAUUAGCAAUGAGAUCUGUGGAAAAAAGACCCUUCUGAUCGUUCUUUAGAAAUCCUCUUUAAAGAGCAGCCAGAGGGAUCAUUUAUUUCCAGAGCAGGGCUUUUACCCCAUUUCAGCACUGUGCUGGUUUGUGGUGAAAUUGGAGUUUAAAAGAUCUCUGUAAGGGCCCCUUAGGCAUCUUUCUCUCCAGGACAGACAGAGAUCUUCAUCCUAUGAUCAGAUCAGGAGAUGGAAACGGCAGGGACUAGCAGGACACACCCUGAGGCUUGGCAAACCAUAUGCAGCCAAUGGACUGCAAGUUAGAAUGUCUUCAGUCAAGAGAGUUUGUGACCAUCAAAUAUAAAAUAUUUUGGAGUGGGUUGUUUGAUUUUUUGGUAAAUAUUCAUUUUGUCAGUUUGUUUCUUAGGCUGUGCGGAUACAAUACAUUUAAAGCACGUGGCUUCCCCCAGAGAACCACGGGACUUGUAGUUUAUUGCUACAGCCUAACAAACUGCAGCUGGCAGGAUUUCUUGGGUGAAGCCAUGUACUUUAAAUGUUAGGUGGGUCUGUUGCAGCCUUAAUCAUAUACAAAGAUCUGUUGUUUCUUUUCCAACAUGCUAGAAGUUGCAGCCAGGAUCAGCAUUCCCUGUCCACUGAACAUGCUCAGUCCUCUCACUGGGUUGCUUUUAAAUUUCCUUCCACUGACUUGGUUCCCGCCCCCCCCCCCAAUAUUAUUUGUACUUCCAUAAACCUUGAUGUUUCCCCCAGUCUUUGGAUAACUUCACCUCGUCCCUGGGUGGAGUCAUUUGGGUGACAUAAUGAUUGUUAUUCACAGCCUGAACAUCAGAAAUAGAAAGAGUAAUAAUAUAUUUCAAAAACUGGCCAGUGGUUAAAAAAUGUGCUUUUGUUUUUAUUCUUGGGUUUCAUUUUACUUUGUGUUUAUUUCUUUUCCAGGAGGGUGGCGUAAAAAUGGAAGAGCAGAGACCCAGGAGACCCAUUCAAAGGGAGAGACUGGAGUACAAAGGAAAGAAACCUCCUGCCGGCCAAGUCGGGACCAUCAGGGAUCUUCUGCCUCGGGCAGAUUUAUGUCAAAUUAAGCAGGAGGCAGAGGAGGGGCAGCCGCAGCAGCACUGGGAGGCCCAGAAGCAGGAUUUCCUGAAGACGAUGCAGCCCCCUCGUUCAGGGUGGGAAACCCCACAGGCUCCCAAUUUUCCCCACUCCGGGGAUGGUGUCCUCUCCUUCAGGGGAGCUGCGGAUGCCAGUCGGAGGCCCAGUGGGAGAGCAGGGGGGACAGACCAGACCCUGCUCCCAGACACUGAGGGCUUCUUGGAAAGGUAAGUGCCCUCCUCUCACCUGGGUUUCCAGCACCUGGAGGUCACAGGUCCACUGCCUCUAGACAUGGAGGUUCUGUUUAGCUAUGGUGGUGAAUAUUCUUCCUUCUCCAUGCAAGGGCCACCCAUGUAUUCAGAGCAAUCCUUUGCAAGUUAACUCUUAAGUUCCAAGGGAUCUACUCUCAGGUCACUAAUGUGCAUAGCAUGCCAGCCUUAGGUAGGGAGGUGGGACAGGCAGGUGAAAAGAAUUGCCAAAGGUGUUUGAAAAUGGGUGGGGGCUCUUGGGAAGGGGUGCCCAAUUGGGGCUUCUCCAGGGACAGCAGAAUGUCUUGGGCAGGAGAAUCCCUGCAGGGGCUCUCAGACUCCCUUGGCUUCUUCUUCCCUCCCUCCCAGGAAGCUGCAACUUGCUCUGGAUUCUGCACUCCUCAGGAAGCUGAACCUGCAAACCUAG